AUAAACGUAAAGAUGUCUAAAGCAAAGCGUGUCUGUGUGAUCGGUGCAGGUCCCAGUGGUAUGUCAGUAUUAUUUCACUUCAAUAAACUGAAAGAACAAGGCAAAGAAAUUCCUGAAAUUGUGUGCUUCGACAAGCAGUCAGAUUGGGGAGGGCUCUGGAAAUACUCCUGGGAAACUGGUAUCGAUCAGUUUGGUGAACCCGUCCAUGGAAGUAUGUACCGAGGCCUCUGGUCGAAUGGUCCGAAGGAAACUUUAGAGUUUCCGGACUACACGUUCGAAGAUCAUUUCAAAAAGGCAAUUCCAUCCUUCCCACCCAGAGAGGUUCUCUUUGAUUACUUGAAAGGUCGCUGGACUACAGCCGAUCUUCGACACUGGAUUCGUUUCAAUCAUGCCGUCCGCCAGGUGACCUACAAUGAUGACACCGACGACUUUUCAGUAGUUGUCAAAAGCCUUGUCGAGGACAAAGACCUUCCUGUUCAGAAGUUUGACUACCUUAUUGUAGCAACUGGUCACUUUUCUGUGCCGAACGUUCCCUUUUUUCCAGGAAUAGAGGAGUUUCCUGGCCGCGUGACGCACUCACACGACUUCCGAAAUGCCUAUCAGUUCCAAGGACAGACGCUUCUUGUGGUCGGCUCCAGCUAUUCCGCUGAGGAUAUCGCUUUGCAAAACCUCAAAUAUGGCGCCAAGAAGAUCAUUUGCUCCUACAAGACCAGGCCAAUGGGCUUCAAGUGGCCCCCUGAGAUCACUGAGAGACCACUGCUAACAAAGAUCGAAGGCAAAACUGUCCACUUCAAGGAUGGUAGCAAGGCCGAUGUGGACGCCAUCAUUUUGUGCACCGGCUACUGCUUCCACUUUCCGUUCCUUGAGGAGCGCCUCCGGCUGAAGGCCAGGAAUAUCUUGUACCCUGCCGGGAUGUACAAGAAUGUACUGUGGACCGAGGCUGGCAACAACAAGGUUUUCUACAUUGGAAUGCAGGACCAGUACUACACUUACACCAUGUUCGACGCGCAAGCCAAGUGGACCGUGAACUGCAUCACAGGGGAGCUCAAACUCCCUGACAACGAAGCCAUGAAGAAGGACAUUGAGAAAUGGAUCACAAAAAUGAAUGAACUGAAAGACUGCUACGAUGAUAUAAAUUUCCAGACUGAAUACUUGGUCGACAUCGCCAAGGAUGCAAACUACGGAUAUGACCUGGACACCGCCCAACAGUUCCAUGACUGGGAACAUCACAAACAUGAGGACAUCCUCACUUACAGAGAUCGAAGCCACACCAGCAAGUUUACUGGAACCCAGUCCCCAAUUCACCACUCUACAUUCAUGAAAGCCCUUGAUGACUCGAUGGCGACUUUUCUGAACACCAAACCCUGAAGUACUACUGGCUGGAAACAAUAAAGUUAGACCUGUUUUGGUGUGAUUUUUAAAAGCACCGAGGACU